UUUCGUUUUUACAUGCCCCAAAUUUCUCCCAUAUCCCUUCCCCUGGCCCCUCCAAGAGAGCUAUCCCUGAUAACAAAGAGUGUUUAGGCUUUAAUAGAACACCACCAGCUCGGACAAUUGCUGUAUCCAAGCACAGCCUUUAGUUUCAAUGGCACAGGUUUCAUCCCCCGGGUGACAGGCAGUGGGGGGUGCGGGGAGGGGCAGGGUAAAUCCGACAUUUACACAAAAGCGCUCUAGGAGAGUUUAAGGGGGGGAGGGGGCUCCACGGAGACCUCACAACCACCGGAUUGGGGGACGGAAUGUUUGCUUGAAUGAACCUAAGACAUCACCAGAAGUGUGACAUUCACGGGAUCCCCACUGGAAGGGGCUUCGGGGGUAUCCAGGCCUCCUGGCACUGAGUGAUUGGCCAGGACUGGAGCCCGGGCCCUGAGGCCCCAGAACACCCCACCUCCCCCGGCCUGGCUCCUUCCUCCCUUGGACCCCCGCCUCAGGUGCCUUCGAGCCAGGGCCUGUGGCCAGGGCUGGUCAGCAGGGCUUCCCGCAGGUCAGGGGAUGGUCCCCGGUUCUCCCCUCCUUCCCGCUGUUCGGACGAGGCCGUGGGGUGCCCUCUGUUCAGCUCCCGGCUUCCCCUCCGUCCGCAGGGUCCGGGCAGUCGGCGCCAUGAAGCUGAACGAACACAGCAUGGCCCACUACGCCGUGAGUGGCUCUCCCGUUGACCACGAGGGCUUCCUGCGCCGCUGCAGCAGCCAGGGUGCCCGCCAGCCAGCGGCCGGGGCCGGGGGCUCCUGCCCGCGCUACUGGUUCGUCCUCAAGGGGAAUCUGCUCUUCUACUUCGAGGGGCGGGAGGGCCGGCCCCCCCUGGGCCUCAUCGUGCUGGAAGGCUGCACCGUGGAGCUGUGCGAGGCCCCCCAGGAGUUCGCCUUCGCCAUCCGCUUCGACGCCCCCGGGCUGCGGCCCUACGUGCUGGCGGCCGAGGGGCCCGAGGCCCAGGAGGCCUGGGUGAAGGUGCUCUCCAGGGCCAGCUUCGGCUACAUGCGGCUGCUGGUGCAGGAACUGGAGAGGCAGCUCUGCGACACGCAGCUGAGCCUCGCCUCCCGCCCCGGCCCCCGCCACUGGCCCCACAGGGCCGGGCCCCCUCCGGACCGGCCACCCCCGCAGCCCGAGGCCGAGCUCAGGGAGGGCAGCGCCUCGGCAGGUACAGAAGGGGAGCAGGGGGCCACAAGGCUCCCCGCUCCCGCUGGCCGACGGCGCCUGGCCGAGAACUGUCCCCGGGGCCCGGCCGGCAUGCCCCUGAAUGGGGGGGACAGCCCGGUGUCCCCAGAGACCUCCUGCUUCCCCAAGCUGCAUGACUGGUACGGCCAGGAGAUCAUGGAUCUCCGGAGGGAGUGGUUGCAAGCCAGGGGCCUGGGUGGCGGGCUGUGAGGGGAGGGCAGGGGGGCAUGGGGCUCCUGACCCCCUCCCCCCCCGGGCAGUCUGGCUUGUCACCCUCCACGCUGCCCGUGGGGCCCCGGAUCAGCUCCGGGGGAGAAGCUGCCUGGUCACUCUCCUCGCCCGGCCCCAGCCCCCUCCUCCUUUCCUAUCUUUGUUACACCCCCGGGUUCCCACCGCGGCCAUCGUCCAAAGGGAGGUAUUACACCCCUCUUCUUUCCUUUCCCCAAUUUGCUCAGGACACGGGGCUGAGUCCUCAGAAGAAAGUCAGAAGGGAAAGAUGGCUACCGAAUGACUGGGUGACCUGAGGAGAAUCAGUGAGCAGCUCUGAGCCUCAGUUUCUCCAUUUGUAAGAAUAACCAGGAAGGGGAUCUCUAACAGCCCUGAAUCCUAUGAUACCAAAACAUGACAUAGCAAGAAAAAGGGUAAUAAUGAGACAGUGUAGCCUCAAGGGCAGGCAUUGUGACCCCCAUUUUACAGAUGAGGAAACUGAGGCCCAAGGAGGGGAGGUCCCUUGGCCACAUCUCACAGAGAAGGGCUGAGCCUGGGCCAUCUGCCUCCGGCCAGGGCCCUUUCCCUGUUUUGCUCUUACACCACCUGACCUUCAAACAGAGGUCAGGGGACCAACCCUUGGGGUGUCAUGGAGGGAUUCCUUUUGUGGUUGGAUUCGUUGGUUUCUGGUCGCAGAUUCCAGGAGUCUGUUAAUUCCCAGAGAAAGAAAAUAGCCUUGUGGCGAACAGGCCCACGGGCAGUUCCUAGUCCUUCAUCCCCUUCAUCCCCGAGGGAGAGCAGGAAGGAGAUAAGGACUCAGAGGCUACUAGAAGCCUCUAACUGCCUCCAAGCAUGGCUCUGGAGGUCAGCAGACUGGUCACAGGGUCCUGGACUGAAAGCUGGAAGGGCCUGCAGGUGUCAUCUGGUCCACCCCUUAUCCUUUUACAGAUGAGGAAACUGAGGCCCAGAGGGGCUAGGAAGUGCGUGAGGCAGGACACAGAGCUGCCUAAGCCCCUGGUUCCUGAGGGAGGGCUGAGAAGAUGGGGCGGGGAGGGUUCGUUCCUCCCUCCUAGCUCUGGAGUGAAUUAUCAGGACGGAGAGUCAGAAGGACGCCUAGAGUCCACUGGUCUCCCUUCUACAUGUCAGAGGGGUUGUGCUGCCCGCCAGAGCUGACGAGAACCUGGGACCUCUGGCUAGCUGGCUGCCAUCCCACGGGGGCAGGCGCCCGCGCUUUGACCCCUGCCUCUCUGGGCCCUGUACAGGAAUGCGCACAAAGGACCACGGGACCCUCAAAACAGCCUCUGUUGUUCCCAUCGGGUCCAGGGCAAAGCCCCCCACCCAUUCAGCAUCGCCUCAGGAAGCAGGACGAGGAAGCCCCUAACAUCACAGGCUGGGCCAGCCCCUGGCAGAGGGGGCAGCCAAGCUUGCCCUGGUGGCAUGUCUCCCCCCACUCAAGCUCUCUGGAGGCAGCUGGUGACUCAGUACACAGAGGGCUGAGUCUGAGUUCAAAUCCAGACACUGUAUGAUGCUGGGCAGGUCACAUCCCCUCUGCCUGCCUCAGUUUCCCCAGCUGUAAAAUGUGUUCCUAGUACCUCCCUCCCCACGGUUGUUGUGACCAUCAGAUGAGAUCUGUAAAGCACUUAGCAUGGUGCCUGGUACACAGUAGGUGCUAUAUAAAUGCUUCUUCCCUUCUCUGUGUCUCUGGAUUGACUCCAGCCUGGGUCAGAAGGGGCUUCGUCGUUACUGCGGUGGCUGUGUUGACUCCAGGGCUUCUUAGCCGAAGUUCACGGACCCCCCUGGUCUUGAGGGGGGCCAUGAACUUGGAUGGGGAAAAGUGAGGUCCUUCUCUCUAACCUCCCGUAGUGAGCAUUUCCUUCCAUCAUGAAUAGGAGCAUUUUAGGCAUGGAAGGGGCCUUCUCGAUGGGCAGGGAGGGGAGAAUUUGGAACUCUGGCCCAGCAGCAAACACUGGGCACUCAAUAGUUGUUACUGUGGGCAGAGCAACUGGUUUUCUGCUCCCCAGGGUCCUCAUCCACCAGAGCACGGGGCUCCCGUGGGGUGGGGGUGCUGUGCCCACGUGGUCGAUGGGUUUGGGGAUCUUGAAGGUGGGCCGGAGAGAUGGGGUAGGGGGCAGCCUCGUGCCUGUGGCAAUAGGGAGCCAUAGCAAUCCAUCCUGGGGCCGAGAGAGGAGGGCCACAAGAAGCGGGGUGGGGGCAGAGUCCCCAUUUUUGGGGUGAGGCUCACAACGGCCUCAGUGAGAAGUUGGUGCCACUUUUAUCACCCCCGUUUUACGGAUGAGGAAACUGUGGCACGGAGAGGUGAACCGACCCUGGCUCCUUCUGCAAAAUAAGGGGGGGCCCCUUCCAGCGCUAAGUGCAGAGCCGCCCUACACCUGCCGUGCCUCGGUUUCCUCAUCUGUCAAACGAGGCCCCCAGGAUCCCUCCCGCCUCUGGCAUCCUGCUGCGCCAAGUCACUAGGCCUCUCGGAGCCUCGGUCUACUCCCUUGUAAAAUGGGGGCAGUGGUCGUGGCCCAGCUCCCCUCC